AAUUCUUAUGUCUAAAAUCAAAUUUUUAUCUAAAUGUGCAAAUAAAAAAACAUCAUUGUCAUUCGAUUUACAUUGUAUAUUGUGGUAACGGUGAAAAAAAGUUAUAACUUAAAAGAAUAAUAAACGGCAAGUAGCAGCAGCAUCCAUUGUACUAAGUAAGCAGUAGCAUAAACACCAACAACAACAAAUAUAAAAACAAAUUAGAACAACAACAAGAAAAAGAAAAUUGCAGCAGCACCUUUUUUAUACCAAUUUUUUAUAAUUUUUAAGUUAUAUUAAAACGUUAAAGAAAAAAAUUGUAACUUAAACGGAUACAAAAACAAAUACAAAACCGCUUCGUUUAUAACGGAGCCAAUUCAAAAUUAAAAAAGGAAAUAUUUGACAGUGACGUUUUUUUGUACCAUAAAACUCUAUAAAUCAUCUCAUACAUCAAUUACAUAAACAUUAAGGAACUCUGCAGCCUGGGUGUGUAGUGAGUGUGUAGCGUUUCGAAUGGUUUGUCUAUAAUUGAAUUCAAAACAAACAAAAAAUUUAAACCAAAAAACUUUGUGGCAUUUAUGAUCAUUUCCAUCUAAUAGAUUAUUAUAGUCUCUAAGAUAAGAUCUACGACAACGUCGACGAUAUCAAUAAAACAGAAAACAAUAUUAGAAAAUAUAAAACCUAACAAUUAGCAAACACCAAUAACAGCAGGAUAUACAAAAAAACGGCAACAACAACAUAUGCAUAUAACAACUAAAAGAAGAAUUUUUUUACAACCAGGAUAAAAAAAUUAAAACGAGGCAAAAGAAAAACACUGAAUACGAAAGCCCACUCCAGCAAAGAAGGAAAUGAAAAUAUAAAAACUAACUUACAAUAAAAACGAUAACCAGCCCUCAAUAAAUAUAUAUUUAAAGCAGUUUUCUAUAAAUAAAAUUCUAAAGACUAUUUCUAAAACUUCUUACUUCGACUAUUGUCACUACCAAUAAACCACAUUUAUUUUUCCACCAUCCAAGUAGUAGCAAAAGGCGGGAAAUCAUUGACAUCAUUUGACUUUGUUUCCUGCUUCAGUUGUUGUCUAGUAAUUUUAUUUUUCCAAUAUUUUUGAAUAAAAUUCAUUCAACGUGUGGCGUUUAAGCAGCGUUAGCAGCUUUAUAUCUAGUUAGCAUGGAGUGCUGUUUAUCAGAAGAGGCCAAGGAACAGAAGCGUAUCAAUCAAGAAAUCGAGCGACAAUUACGUCGUGAUAAGAGAGAUGCGCGAAGGGAGUUGAAAUUAUUACUACUGGGUACUGGUGAAUCCGGCAAAUCCACAUUUAUUAAACAGAUGCGUAUUAUUCACGGCAGCGGUUACUCAGAUGAUGACAAACGUGGUUAUAUUAAAUUAGUGUUUCAAAAUAUAUUCAUGGCUAUGCAGUCCAUGAUAAAAGCCAUGGAUAUGUUAAGAAUUUCAUAUGGCGCAGCUGAUCAUGCGGAACUUGCUGAACUUGUUAUGAGCAUUGAUUAUGAAACAGUUACUUCAUUUGAAGAUCCAUAUUUGUCAGCCAUAAAAACGCUGUGGGCCGAUACUGGCAUACAAGAAUGUUACGAUCGACGAAGAGAAUAUCAAUUAACAGAUUCAGCUAAAUAUUACCUAAUGGAUCUUGAUCGUGUGGCCCAACCUGAUUAUUUACCAAGUGUACAGGAUAUUUUACGUGUUCGUGUACCGACAACGGGGAUUAUUGAAUAUCCUUUUGAUUUAGAAGAAAUACGAUUUAGUUAUUUAAGCGAUCUUGAUCGUAUUGAAAAACCUGACUUUUUACCAACUGAGCAAGAUAUUCUACGUGCUCGUGUACCAACCACUGGUAUAUUGGAAUACCCAUUCGAUUUGGAUGGCAUUGUAUUUAGAAUGGUAGAUGUCGGUGGCCAGCGUUCCGAAAGAAGAAAAUGGAUUCAUUGUUUUGAAAAUGUAACAUCAAUCAUAUUUUUAGUGGCCCUAUCGGAAUAUGAUCAAAUCUUAUUCGAAUCUGAUAAUGAGAAUCGUAUGGAAGAAUCAAAAGCUUUAUUUAGAACUAUCAUUACGUAUCCCUGGUUCCAGAAUUCAUCAGUAAUUCUUUUCUUAAAUAAGAAAGACUUGUUAGAAGAAAAAAUUAUGUAUUCGCAUUUGGUAGAUUAUUUUCCUGAAUAUGAUGGCCCACAAAGAGAUGCCAUUGCCGCCCGUGAAUUUAUCUUACGUAUGUUUGUGGAUUUAAAUCCAGAUUCUGAGAAAAUCAUUAUCUCAUUUACAUGUGCUACAGAUACGGAAAAUAUAAGAUUUGUGUUUGCAGCUGUUAAGGAUACGAUUCUCCAAUCAAAUCUUAAGGAAUAUAACUUGGUCUAAACAGGUUUUAGGCAACAAAAGAACUAAUUUUGUGAUUUUAUUAAUUAUGAAUAAAUUCCUUAUAAACACACACACACAUACACAAAAAAAAAGAAAAUAAGUCAAAAG